CGCUUCAGUCGACGCGCAGCACUCAGCCCGAACAAACGUUAGCCGCGUAUCUGCGAGAUACGGAUACGAGUGCGUCGAGUACAUAUAUUCGUAUUAUUUUGUAAAUCUACAAAAUGCAUAGAGCCCACACAGCCUUCAGCCUGGCGUUGUCGCCGAUGGCGCACAAGAACUUUGCCACAUGGCUCCUCAAGAGCAACACCAGCAAGCAGAUGGCCAAGGUCACUGCUGCAGCUGCUGUGCGCACCUACAACUCUGCGGCAGCUGAGCCAUUCGCCAACGGCAGCACCGCCUCCUAUGUGGAGGAGAUGUACAAUGCCUGGCUGAGGGAUCCCACCUCCGUGCACACCUCCUGGGAUGCGUACUUCCGCAGCAACAGCUAUGUCAGCCCCCCGAACUUGGCGCCCGUGCAGGCCAACACUCUGCCGCUGACGGCCUUCAACUUCGGUGGAGCCGCCGUCUCUGGCGCUGCGCCCGACUCCAAGACCAUUGACGACCAUUUGGCCGUGCAGGCCAUCAUCAGGAGCUACCAGAUUCGAGGACAUAAUAUUGCUCACCUCGACCCACUCGAAAUUAAUACACCAGAAUUGCCUGGCAACUCCUCGACGAAAUCCAUUUACGCUAAUUUCAGUUUCGGCGAGCAGGAUAUGGAGCGCCAGUUCAAGCUGCCCAGCACCACCUUUAUCGGUGGCGAUGAGGCCUCCCUGCCCUGAAGUGAGGAAAUCCUGAACCGCCUGGAGAAUGUCUACUGCAACAAGAUUGGUGUGGAGUUCAUGUUCAUCAACUCCCUGGAGCAGUGCAACUGGAUCCGCAAGCGUUUCGAGACACCCGGCGUCCUGAACUUCUCGCCCGAGGAGAAGCGUCUGAUCCUGGCCCGUCUGACCCGUGCCACCGGCUUCGAGGCUUUCUUGGCCAAGAAGUACUCCUCCGAGAAGCGUUUCGGUCUGGAAGGUUGCGAGAUCAUGAUCCCAGCCCUGAAGGAGAUCAUUGAUGUGUCCACCGAGCUGGGCGUGGAGUCCGUCAUCAUGGGUAUGCCCCAUCGUGGACGCCUCAACACCUUGGCCAACGUGUGCCGCAAGCCCCUGAACCAGAUCUUCACCCAGUUUGCUGGUCUGGAGGCCGCUGAUGAUGGUUCUGGUGAUGUCAAAUACCAUUUGGGUACGUACAUCGAGCGUCUGAACCGCGUGACAAACAAGAACAUCCGCCUGGCUGUGGUGGCCAAUCCCUCCCAUUUGGAGGCCGUGGAUCCCGUCGUGCAGGGCAAGACCCGUGCCGAGCAGUUCUACCGCGGUGACCAGGAGGGCAAGAAGGUCAUGUCCAUCCUUAUUCACGGCGAUGCCGCCUUCUGCGGUCAGGGUGUUGUGUACGAGACGAUGCAUCUUUCGGACCUGCCCGACUACACCACCCACGGCACCAUCCACGUGGUGGCCAACAACCAGAUUGGCUUCACCACCGAUCCCCGUUUCUCGAGGUCCUCACCCUACUGCACGGACGUGGCCCGUGUGGUCAACGCUCCCAUCUUCCACGUAAACGCCGAUGAUCCAGAGGCUGUGAUGCACGUGUGCAAGGUGGCUGCCGAGUGGCGUGCCACUUUCCACAAGGACUGCGUUAUCGAUCUGGUGGGAUACCGACGCAACGGACACAACGAGAUCGACGAGCCCAUGUUCACGCAGCCGCUAAUGUACCAGAAGAUCCGCAAGCACAAGAACUGCCUGGAUCUGUAUGCCGACAAACUGAUUGCCGAGGGUACCGUCACCGGCGAGGAGGUCAAGUCCGUCGCCGCUAAGUACGAGAACAUCUGCGAGGAGGCCUUCGCUCUGGCCAAGACCGAGACUCACGUCAAGUACAAGGACUGGCUGGACUCGCCCUGGUCUGGCUUCUUCGAGGGCAAGGACCCCCUGAAGGUGGCACCCACUGGUGUCAAGGAGGAGACGCUCAUUCACAUCGGUAACCGUUUCUCGUCGCCGCCACCAAAUGCCGCGGAAUUCGUGAUCCACAAGGGUCUGCUUCGUGUGCUGGCCGCCCGUAAAGCAAUGGUGGACGAGAAAAUCGCCGAUUGGGCUCUGGGUGAGGCCAUGGCCUUCGGCUCUCUGCUGAAGGAGGGCAUCCACGUCCGCCUCUCCGGUCAGGAUGUGGAGCGCGGUACCUUCUCGCAUCGUCACCACGUUCUGCACCACCAGCUGGUGGACAAGGCCACCUACAACUCGCUGCAGCACAUGUACCCUGACCAGGCGCCCUACUCCGUGUCAAACAGCUCGCUGUCGGAGUACGCUGUGCUUGGCUUUGAGCACGGUUACUCGAUGACCAACCCCAACGCCCUGGUGCUGUGGGAGGCUCAGUUCGGAGAUUUCAGCAACACGGCUCAGUCGAUCAUCGAUCAGUUCAUCUCCAGCGGUCAGUCCAAGUGGGUGCGCCAGUCCGGUCUGGUUAUGCUGCUGCCCCACGGCAUGGAGGGCAUGGGACCCGAGCACUCCUCGUGCCGCGUGGAGCGCUUCCUCCAGAUGAGCAGCGACGAUCCCGACUUUCCCCCGGAGUCCGAUGAGUUCGGCACCCGCCAGCUGCAUGACAUCAACUGGAUCGUGGCCAACUGCACGACGCCCGCCAACUACUAUCACAUCCUGCGCCGCCAGAUCGCUCUGCCCUUCCGCAAGCCCCUCAUUCUGUGCACGCCCAAGUCGUUGCUGCGUCACCCGGAGGCCAAGAGCCCCUUCAGCGAGAUGAGCGAGGGCAGCGAGUUCCAGCGCAUCAUCCCCGACCGAGUGGCCGGUGAGAACCCGAGCAACGUUAAGAAGGUUGUCUUCUGCACGGGUCGCGUCUACUACGAUCUGACCAAGGCGCGUGCCGACAAGAAGCUGGAGAACGAGGUGGCCAUCGUGCGUGUGGAGCAGAUUUCGCCCUUCCCCUUCGACCUGGUCAAGGAGCAGGCCAACCUAUACAAGAACGCUGAGCUCGUGUGGGCCCAGGAGGAGCACAAGAACCAGGGCUGCUGGACCUAUGUGCAGCCUCGUUUCCUGACCGCCCUCAACCACAGCCGCGACAUCAGCCAAAGCGAUGAGCAAUCCUCCUUCUCCAAUACAACCACCAAUACUACUACCACUAAUGAUCAUACUAAUCACGAAUCCGACUCCGAUUCCGAUCAAAAAUCGAAACCCUGGCUAAGCCGCAUGUUCGCCGCCUCGAACGCGAAGGGCGAUCCUACGGAUCCUGCUACGGCGGCCCAGAGUGGCGAGUUUAAUGCCGCCAAGCACUUUGACCUAAAGAACGUACGACACGAUUUCAAUAGGCCAGCGGGCAUCGCGGCCGCUCCCGGAACGCGUAAGGCCAAGUCCGGACGCAAAAUUAGCUAUGUUGGACGCGCUUGUGGAGCCUCCACGGCCACCGGAUCCAAGGCCCAGCACAUCCGGGAGCUGAACGCGCUGCUGAACGACGCGAUUUCGACCUAAGGAGGAGGAUUUGUAGAUUUGAUAGUGAUGCGAUGGAAGGAGGAGUAGCAGAUGGAGUGGAAUAUUAAUUACGAUUAUAUUUUGUAUUGAAACGUAUGCAGACUCUUUGAUACGAUUUUUUGCUGACGAAAUUGUUAAGAGCAUAUAUUGUGUGUGAAAGUAAUGAAAUGUUAAAUAUUAGUUUAGUGAAAUUACAAGAGCAAACAGCAAGCAACCGAGUAACAAAAAAUACAAAUAACACGAAAUGUUUAGUGUUUAGAAAGCAAUCCAACUCACAGCAAGUCUUUAAUGCAAAACCUAACUAAAGAGCCAAGAGAUGUAGUAAAUAGCCAAGCAACUCUAUGCGAAGAGUGAGCCCGCAUAGGGGGAUCGAUCAGCGUACUUUUUGGAAUGAAUAAAACCCUUUCUAAUUUUAUUUCUUACUCCUAUGUUUAAUAUUUAUUUUAUUGUAUUACAUAUAAUUAAACUAUCUCAAGCCGAGCGAAUGAGCUCUUGACAACUUUGAUCGGUCGCAGGCCCAGAAAUCAUUUAGUCCCUUUUUGUUUGCCUAAGUUACACACUUUUGUUUAAUUAAAUAAAUGAAUGAAGUAUAAUACUUAA